AUGGUGAAAGGACCAGAGGGCAUGACGUAUGUGGAGCAGCUGAGGACACUGGGUUUGUUCAGCUUAGAGAAGAGGAGGCUGAGGGUUGGCCUCAUUGCUGUCUACACCUUCCUCAUGAAGGAGAGCGGAGAGGGAGACGAGCAGGAGGAGAAGGAUCAAGUACCAGACCAAGCACGACACAUCUAUCUUUUCCAGCGCACCAGUGGUGCUCUCUGCACCUGCAAGCACAAAGCUGUCAAGAAAAUCAUCAUGAGGAUUAUCCUUCCGGCUGUGGCAUUCAGAGACAUCCUGCACAACGUGUAUGCAAAGCUGCAUGACUGCAUCGGCUGUGCCAUUCACA